UUAUAAAACAUUUUAUUAAUUUGUGUUUAUCCUAGAGAUAAAAAUGUAUAAAGUCUAUAUCAAGAAAAAGAUUCAAUUGAUGAUAUAAAUAUAACUAUCAAUGAUUAAUAUUUAAUUUCAAAGUCAAGAACUUGUUAUCAGAAGCAGUUUAGCCCCCUUAGUGCAGCAAGUUUCAAGCUUGAGAGGGUCUAUUGUGUCUCAUCAUUUUAUUAGUUACUCAUCUUUCCUCGAAAUAAGAAGCAAACUUUUCAUGAGUUCUCUCUUCUUUUCUCUGAAGUUUUUAAAUAUUUUUAAACAUAUUACAAGAGAUUUGAAAGUGAAUCUAUUGAUUAGAUCUUAGCGAUAUAAGCUGCCAAAAUUUUAUAAAUAAAUAAACAUUUGGAUAUAAAGAAAGAAAGAGAAAGAGAGAUAAAGAAGAAAAGGAAAGACGCCAAAAGUAACUAAUAGCUGGUAAGAGACUGCUUAUACGUAGAGAUAUUGUUCAAGUUGUACAUUGCCAAUAUCAUUUUUUAAAUUUAUGUUUUCACAUAAAUGAUCACUUUCAGUAUCGUUCUUAAGUUUGUUAAUAAGACUUUCCUGUUCAAUAAUAAUACUCAGUGUUCCUUGCAAGUUGCCUGAAUAAUUAUAAAGUCUCCGUUAAAUUUUUAAUUACUAUAAUGGCUGAGACACAAAGAAUGACUGUGUAUGGAAGACAUCCUCCAUGUGCCAGUAAUAGCAGGUUGGAGGAGCGUCGGGCUAAGAGAUUGGCGUUGCGACACGAGAGAAAUCGAAAGCCGGAUAAACCGGAUGAUUUUGUGUGCUACGAAUCUAGUGAUGAUGAAGCGGAGACAGUGACCGAAGGCAAGCAAUUCCUGAGAACGUCGUUCAACUUCGUCGAUUACGUGCGCGCACGCGAAACAAACACGCGCGAAGUGCGAAAAAUCAAUCAGGAAUACGGUUCCCGACAUAUACUGACACACGAUCUAUUCAAGGAGUACUCGGUCAGCUUGAACAAUAUGAAUAAAGUGUUCUGUUCGCAAUGGUUAAGUGACAGACAAGUGGUAUUUGGUACAAAGUGCAAUAAGCUCAUGGUAUAUGAUGUGGCGACGCAGAAGCUAGAUCAGAUUCCGUCUCUUCACGGAAGACAGCUUAGCCCGGGCGGCAAUGUUAUGCCCGAGCAGCAAUGCGGCAUUCAUUCCGUUCAAAUUAAUCCCUCGAGAACUCUUUUAUCCACCGGAGCGAGAAAUAGUAAUGAAAUAGCGAUAUAUAGAUUACCGACUUUGGAUCCGGUUUGCGUCGGCGAGAGCGGUCAUAGGGAUUGGGUGUUUGACAUGUGUUGGCUCGACGAUGAAUUUUUAGUGUCGGGUUCUAGGGACACGAAAAUGGCACUGUGGCGUAUUGAUAGUGAUCUUGCUGAAGCACCUGACAAAGCAGAUGUGCCUACACACAGAUUGAUUCAGGCUGUCUGUGUAAAGGAAUGCAAGUCUGCUCAGAAGGUACGCGCGCUGGCGUUUAAUAAAGCAUACAAGGAAAUCGCAGCAUUGACGCUCAAUAGCUUUAUACAUAUCUGGUCGGCCGAAUCCUUCAAACAGAAAAUAUCCAGAAAACUGCCAGCCUGCCAGGAAAAUGUUUGUCUUGCAGUACAAGACGAUGGUGUUUAUGCAAUUGGAUGUAGAUCUUAUACUCUUCUUCUGGAUGCACGUACUUUGCAACCAAUUAAAAAGAUACCUUCAAGAUACAGCGGUUGUGGUAUUAGAUCAGCAAGUUUUCAAGGUUCUGUUCUAACUAUCGGAACUGGUCUAGGAAUGCUUAUGUUUUAUGAUGUCAGAGCUCAGAAAUAUCUAGAAUCUUCUAUAAACUCUAAUAGGACUGUUGUAUUAAAAGCUUCAAAAGGAUAUGUGUUUCCUGAUGAAGAAUAUAUCGAUGGCUUUCAAAAUGUGAAAUAUACACCUGCUAUCUAUACCCACUGUUAUGACGCAUCGGGUACCCGGCUAUUUACGGCAGGUGGUCCAUUGCCCGCGAAUCUGUACGGCAACUAUGCAGGAUUAUGGCAAUGAAGGUAUAAGAUUAAACGAAUUAAAUUAGUACGAUAAUUGCUAAAUUAAAUAAUAUUAAGAACAUAAGUUGUAUGUAUGUCGUGAAAGGCUAGAUUGCUUGAUUAUUUCACAAUUUGGUUAUAUGUGUUUAAUAUUUCUUUAAUGUUUUCGAAAGGAUGCGCCCGAAAAGACGGUAAAUUGGUUUUUUCAUUUGUAUUUUUGAAUUAUGCAAUUUGUUAAGUUUUAUUUUCUUUUUUUCAAAAUAUAUUUAAUCCAACAUUGCACGAAACUCGCAAAUAAAGACAAUAAUAUAUUACGUUAUAGUAAUUUCACGAUUAAAUCACGAUCCAGAUCUAAAGGAAUCAAUUCAUCUUUUCUGAUCUCUUGUAAAAGAAAAAUAUCCAAUCGGAAAAAUAUAACGCUAUUAUCCUUUAUGUUUUAAUAAUGUGAUAAUUCGCGGUAUGUGAACAAUUAAUUUACAAUUUACAAAUUUAUAUAUUUCGCGACUAUAAUAAAUAUUUAUUUAUAAAUCGAAAAGAAAUCAACGCUGGUCGCUAUUUUAUUAUGUGCGAAUGAUAAUUUAAGAAUAAUACCAAUAUUACAUUUAGAUAUUAUUAUGAAAUUAAGCCACACAUCUUUGCGCGCUCCAUUUCGAUAUUUUGUGUUAGUAUGGUGUAAUUGUGGAAAUAUUCAUAUUAUUUUAAUAAUAUUAAAAGAGCCCUAUAAAUUUGAUGACUUUAUGAAAAAAAAAGAUUAAUUUAAAAAAAUCACUAGUUGUGAAUGUAAUUUUUCGGAGUUGAUUGUGGAAUAUGUCGCGUUUAAUAAACAAUUGCGUUUAUGGAUAUUUAACUCUCCUACUUUUCAUUUCAAUACAGGGCAACAUUGACAGAUGGACUAAAGUACUACUAAAAUUCAAUAUACCAUAAUUAUAUGUUUGAAAUUAUCAAAAAAAUAUUUGUAAAAGGCUGCGAUUAAAUUAUUUUGGAAUGUUUGUACUCGUGGAAGCAGCGCUUAUCAUCGAAUUUCUCUUGUCGGAUCUUUUCUCUCUAGCCCGAGUCUGAUAAAGCAAAUGUAUUAAGUGGCGUGUGAAAUUUUAUGUUGUUAAAUAAGCGAAAUUGUGAUUUCCUCAUGCAAAUAUUAUAAUACAACAUGUAUAUGUAUGCAUUGUUACAAUUCUCCGAGUGUUAAUUAUAAUGCAGUUAGAGUUGAGUCGCUAUCAUAAAAAUUUCUUGAGAGAAAAUUUAUAGAUUUAUUCCUAAUUUAUAAUUUAAAAUGAAAUAUGUGUGUGUGCAUGUCUUUAAAGUGAUACAAGAGAGUGAAAAGAAUGAUUCAACGAACAUUAUAACGAUGAAUAUUAAGUUUUAUCAAAUACAAACAUUAUCGAGUUGUGUGUGUGAUGUUGAAACAUCGGCCUCAUACACAAGAAACAACAAUACACAAUGAACUCUUUCUAACACGUGAACUUAUUUUAUAGGUAUAAUAAUACCAAUAAAAUUUUUAUCCGCAUAUAAAUCUAUCUCAUGUCAUUGCUAUAUGACAUUGCAAAGUAAUCCCGACUGUGAAAUCUGCAGUUUUUUAUUUACUAUAUAUUAACUGUAUGUCCGACAAAGAGCGUCAUUUAGUAAAAUAAUAGUUUAAAAAAAGGAACAAUUUAUAAACUAUAUUAAUAGCACAAUUAUCUCCUAGGAAUAUUUUCAUUUCCUAAAAAUAUAUUUUAUAUUCAUUUGUCUCUAUCAUAGACUUAAUCGCGAAUUAGUCAUAUUUUACUUUCUUUAUUAGUGUUUGAAGUUUAGCGUGACUGUUCAAGUUUGACCAAGUUUGUUGCCGAGCGUGUUGCCAGCUUUUGACACGGCGUUCCGCCCUCUUAGAGAAUGUUAUCGAUUACGAAACUCGUGCAUUUAACAACAAAAGAUGUCGCAUGCAUAAUCUAUGAUUGUAUAAAUGCCGUGCUUGUGUGUGCAAUCGAGAGAGAAAGAGAGCAUUUGUCUUUACUAUACACGCAUGUACCAUAUAUAUAUCCCCAUCUCGUUUCAUCCAAGUAUCUUGUAAUGGUAACGUUAGUCGAUAGAAUUCGACGAUUUUAAGUCGAACAAGCUCAAACUCGAUUCAGGUAGUAAGGCUCCCUCGGUUCAGCGAUGUAAAUGCUGCAUAUAAUGCGGUGUACUUAAACGCGAGAUAAGAUUUAUCCAUUAAAUCGUCAAAUGAUAACACGUCGCGAAUGCAUGUGUUAAACCAUCAUAUACUACAUAACGAACGAAUAUAUGUUAACAGUUUAUAUAUUUCCGAUCUGCACACCCACAUAUAUAUAUAUAUAUAUAUAUAUAUAUAUAUUUGUAAGAAAUUAUGAGUUGUUAACAUGAAAUAAUUACGGAGUCUUGCGCGAUACUACGUAAGGUAAAUUAAUGUGUGCAUUGUAUCCAAUAGCUCUGUAGUCUCUCAGAGAUACGCGCUCAUCUCUCUAUAUAAAAUGUAAACGAUUCGGUAAACAUACGUAUACAUGUAGUAUUGGGGGAUAUGAAGCCGCACCGAGACAUUUAUUUCGUCAAGAAGAGAGAUAAAGAGAGGGAGAGAGAGAGAGAGAGAGAGAGAGAGAAAGAACCGUCAUUAUGAUAUAAUCGCGAAGAAUACUAGCGCAUUACACUCUAUAUGUGUGUGCGUUCAUAAUAUAUAUACUUAGAAAUAUUUAAAUACAAUAUUUUGAUAUCCUUGGCGGAUUAAAAUAUUGUAUGCAAAAGUUCAUAAGUAUUUCAUAUUUGGUGACGCGCAGGUAUUUAACAUUCGAUAUUUUCGACCGAAAUGUUCACAGCAUCUCUAAUAGCCUAUUUUUAUAAACGAGCAAUAGUUAACGGAUAGCUUUUCCGGAGAUCUUCUUUAGCAUCGUUUCAUAUCCAGAGAUUGUUUGGAAAUAUAUAAGAAUGCACACAAAUCUUCAAACUGCUGCCACUCUCUCGAUAUAUAUCUCAUUUCAUAAAAAAUAAUAGACAAAUAAUAAAUGAAUGUACGGUUUUAUACUUAAAACAUGAGAACACAUAUUUAUACGGUGUAUCGAUGACGCGUUCCGAAUCUUUCAGUUGCGUCAUCUUAAUAAUAGCUCCCAUUGUAACCAUAAACAUGUGUGGCAGAGUUUGUGAAUUUUGAUAAUUUACCAUGACACGAGGAUACCUUUGCACGCGCGCUACGAAAACGAAUGGCGAAAACGGCGGAUGAACUAUAUCAUUGUAACUUUAUAUAUUUGUGCGACUUCGUAUAUCUAUGUAAAUAAAUAUACCAAGCUCUUGAGAC